CUUAAUCCUCAUUCAUGCUGACUUCACUUCCUGGUACGCAAUGGCUAACGCAGACAUGGAAUAAGGGUCAUUUACUUUCCAUCAGGAGACAGACGCCGUCGUCGCCAUUAACCUCGCCAAUCUCCAUCCUGUUCCCCGAACUCCUCCUCUCCAUUUUCGAGCUCAUUCCUUUCCUUUGGCAACCCGACGAGCCCUCCAGAUUCUAUGAUAUCAAUUGGAUAGCGAUCACCCAUGUAUGCCGCCGCUGGCGGAUCAUUGCACUCAAUGCGCCCUUUCUCUGGAGGGAUAUAGAGUUUUCUACGCCACGAUGGACGCAAGAGAUGCUCUUGCGCUCACAAUCCAUCCCGAUCAACAUACGUUUCCACCUCGAUUUUCUUAAGUACCCCCCUACGAUGCAAAAAGUCAUUGCGCUUGCAAUGGGCAACAUCCAGCGCGUGCGAAGUCUGCGCUUGACGGGCCAGGUGGUGGAAACAUUGAUCCAAUGCACGACGCCUGCCCUGCUUUUGGAGGAAUUACAUCUUGAAUACGCCGCCAUGCCUCCCCCGGCUAAUCUGUUCAUUCCUGACUCUCUUUUUGACGGCAGCGCCCACAAACUCCGCUCGCUCUUCCUGAAGGGCCUGAGUAUCCACCUCACCUCACCACUCCUGCCUGGGCUAUCCUCUCUGACAGUCCAGGGGGACUCGCGCUCCCCACGCCAUAGUCUGGCUCGAUGGCUCGACGCCCUCACGCGUAUGCCUAAGCUGGAGACACUUUGCCUCAUUCAAGCUCUGUCUCGGACCUCUCACGCUCAGACUCAAGGGACCGACACUCCUUUACCGCCUACGGUCCUCCUCCCGCAUCUCCGUACCCUCGCCUUCACCUCAAACUCACUCACCGACUGUGUCGAGUUUACUCGUCGGCUCGCUAUUCCAUCCUCUACAUCCAUCGAACUCCGUACUUAUGUCGCUUCCAUCGACGAGCUGACGCCGCACGCCAUCGUUCCAUCUUAUGCGCAUACGCCGGUUACGGCAUUCCGAAUAACACACACCGCGAUCGGGUUCUCGAUCGCUGGGUCGUUGGGCGAUCCGGACAUCCCUGCCUUCAGUCUUUCCAUCGUCAUCUACGAAGAGCGGUCCCUCAUCGCGCAAGGCAUCCUGCACACUCUAGCUCACUUCAACGUCAAAUCUGUCCGCAGCCUACUAAUCGACUUGGGUGGGAUGACCCUCGAUUGGGCGCCUGUGCUUUCUUGUUUCCCGUUAGUGAAUACCAUCCACGUCCGCGGGUCGACUCUACAUACCUUCCCCAAGGCACUGGCGCACUCCGAUGCUCUGAUAUGCCCCCAUCUAAGGCGCCUCGAGUUUGAGCAUCGUACACCUACGUAUGGCAAGCGGAUCGACGAGACGUUUUUCCGAAUUCUGAGAGACGCAGUGGACGCGAGGUGGGCAAACGGGAUGAGCCUCGAGGAACUUAUAGUUUUUGGAGAGACACUUUCACACUCGGGAUCUGUAGACACUGCUGCUAUCGGUUCGCGAAAGAUCCCAAAGAAAUACUUAUGAAUUGGCACCAUACACCAGAUCGUGAGACACUAACUAAUUUCCCGCUCUCUUGU